CAUGCUCCAUGGGGAUUGGCCGGCUUUGCUUUGCGGCUUCCAAUGUGCGCCUUGCAAAAGGGAAGAAGGAGGCGAGACACAGAGCCUUGGCUUGAGCUGCAGAGAGAGACCGACCUGCAGAAGGAAGAGGAUUAUUCAUUGCAAGGUUGCAUCCCCUGUUUUUCUUUCUGUAAAGGACCCAGGCCUGUGAAACAGAAAUUUGCCACUUGCCGGGGGUGAGUACAAGCCUCCUUGCCAUUGGGCGGCUUCUGCAGCAUCAGGACCAGAAGGAAGGGGCCGGGGAUGCAGUCGAGCAUCAUCAUCACCGCUCUGACCGCAUCCCUUGGCGCCGCUCCUUGGACCCUCUGAUGCCCGGCUUUUCGGCUUAAGUCGGGAUCAGGGUCAUGCCAGCAGACGGCCUGCUUGGACCGGUCGAUAUAAUCCUCCGGCCACGAAGGAAGGAUAACGGUGCCCAUCGUCCUGUGGGAAAGUCAGAUCUGGAAGCUGGAGGAACACAAGCCCCCAAAUCGGUUUGGCAUCAGUAAGGAUGUGAAAGAUGGCCGACCGUCCUCUCACAGUUUGUAGCCUUUUGACGGCAAAGCCUUCUCUGGAUCGGCAACGGAGUGAACCUCUUCUUCCCCAAACAUUUGCUGGCCCCAUAGAUGGGUCUAGGAAGGACGAAGAGUGGGACAGCAUCCAUGGAAAUGAGCUGAUCUUUGCCUUGGAUGAAGAAGAGGAUGUUGUCCUGGAAUCCCCAGGCAACCUCCCUCCGGGUGAAGAGGAGAUCAGGAAAGAUGAAAAUCAGCUGGCGGAGCCCUCAAUGCAUGCGGCAUCCCUUCUUCCUUCGCCAAAGCCAGUUCCGCAAGGCCCCAAGCCCUUGAUCAAUUUGGUCAAGUCGAUCUCCACUGAGAUUGAGGCCCGGGAGGGCUCCCCAGCCCCCAAACCCCAGCCGCUCUUGAGUCUGGUUAAGUCCAUCUCCACUGAGAUCUCGCGCCUGGAGCCCGAGGUGACCCCGUCCAAGUCCGACUCCAAGCUCAAUGUCCACCGCUGGCGGCAGAUCACCCACCCAAAGGGCAAGAACGGCGACUCACGGACUGCUCCGUCCUCCCCAAACGUCUCCCCGUCGGAGAGCAGAGGCAGCUUCUUCAAAGCCCAGGAGGCCAAGUUUGAGGACACCAAGAGGCGCUUCUCGGAGGCCAUGCAGGAACCGCUUAGCCGGCUCAGCAAGAUCAUCGGCGAGGAGAACGUUUCCCCGAAACACAAAGCAUUGCUCAAUAACAGCCAAGACUCUGCUUCCAGCCAUGGGAAGGAAUCCACUGUCUUGGAGUCCUCCAGCCCGGAGAUGGACCACCAUGGUGCCACGGCAAAAGGACAAAUGGAGGGCUUUGGCCUUGCAGAACCAAAGUGGAACCCUUCCUCGAACUGCCGGUAUGAGAUCUGCUCCUAUGGGGACCUGAUCCAGGUGGUAGAGGUGGGCGCAGGCGCCGAAGAGGUGCGGACCGUGCGGCCCCUGGAUGCUGUUCUCCACCCCACUGAGUCCUGCAGUUCUGUGCCCAGCAAAGCCCUCGCCUGUGUUGCCCUCCUUGCCUACAACUACUUCGUCCUGCCGUUGCCCCCUUACGUCUCCGGCCUCUGCCUCGGUUUGGCCUCCGGCUUCCUCCUGGGUUUCCUGGUCAUCCUGCUGCUGGUGCCAAAGCGGACCCGUUCGCCGCGAAAAACAAGAGCCCUCCAGGAUGUCUCGCUGCUGGACGACUCGGUGCGGAGGCAGCCGGGGGACAGCAACGUACUCAAGGUUAGGGAGGGCUGGAUGAACCAAAUGUACUUCUACGAUCCGGAGAUCUACCACCCAUCUCUGACCCACUCCGUGUUCGUCACUUUGGAGGACUCCAGCAUGACACUCUCUUACCCCAAGAACAACAUCCCUCGACGGGCCACUUUUGAGGAGGAAAUCUUUGAGACAACGUUUGUGAAUCACCGGCAGUAUGAGAUGACCGGUGCCCAGGUCUUCCUUUCCCCACCCGCUUUGGCCCGGAAGAGGAUGUGGAACAAGAAAUACCCCAUCUGCGUUCUCUUCCCAGACCCGAGCGACAUGGAAGCGGAUCCUGUGAGAGAGAAGGGUGCCAGGAAGAGGCCAGUUUUGGGCCAGGAGGCCCCGGCCAAGCCUGUGCCCGAAGCCCCGGAAAGGACCCUCUACCUCUUUGGUCGAACGGGGCGAAGCAAGGAGGAGUGGUUCCAGCAUUUUGCCAGGGCUUCCCGGCUGGAGGGCAGCGAGGCGCUCCAUGCCAACCUCAGUGAACCCCAGUCAGGUGUGAGCCCCUCCGGGAAAGCCCCCCACAGUGAGAGCAGUGGCAGCAGCAGCAGCCGGGGCAGCACAGAGGACCUCCCGGCGGCCCUCAAACCCAAGGAGUUAGCGGUCAGCCUCCGGGAGAAGCUCCUUUUGGACUAUGGCGCAUACAUGUCGCGGGUGGUGCCUCCGGCAAGUGAGGCCAGCCCGACCCAGAGCCCCUGCCCCAGCGCUGCCAGCAGCCCAGACCCCAAAAGGAUUCAGGGGGAGGCGAAUCUGACGGGCGGACCUCCCACGGCAUGGGUCAAUGCGGUGCUCGGCCGGAUCUUUUGGGACUUCCUCAGGGAGAAAUACUGGGCCGACCAGGUCUCAAACAAGAUCCAGAAGAAACUGGGCAGAAUUAAGCUCCCCUACUUCAUGAAUGAACUCACCUUGACCGAACUGGACAUGGGGGACUGCAUCCCGCACAUCAUGAGUGCAUCCAGCCCCACGGUCGACAGUCAAGGGCUUUGGGUAGAUAUGGAAGUGACCUACAUGGGAUCCCUGCAGAUGACCCUGGAGACAAAGAUGAACCUGUACAAACUGGGCAAAGAUUCCUCUGGAGAGGAGAGCGGGAGGGCCGACCGUGGCAGCGAAGGAGUCAGGCCCCGCUUGGUCUUGCUGGCCGACAGUGAGGCCGAAUCCUCCAGCGCUGGUUCUUCCGAGGAAGAAGACGCCCCUCCUUCAGUGGAGACUUCUUUGGGGGGCCCAGGAGAAAGGGGGGCCCCUCCCGGGAUGGAGAGCCACCUUGGCGGCCACAGCACCAGCCGGAAGAUCCUGCGCUUCGUGGACAAGAUUGCCAAGUCCAAGUACUUCCAGAAGGCCACUGAGAAUGAGUUCAUCAAGAAGAAGAUUGAGGAGGUCUCCAACACGCCGCUGCUGUUGACUGUCGAGGUCCAGGAGCUGACGGGGACCUUGACCGUCAACAUCCCGCCACCACCUACGGACCGGGUCUGGUAUAGCUUCCGCAUCCCUCCGCAGCUGGACCUGAAAGUCCGCCCCAAAUUGGGAGAACGGGAGGUCACUUUCAUCCAUGUCACCGAAUGGAUUGAGAAGAAGCUUCAGCAUGAAUUCCAGAAAGUUUUAGUGAUGCCAAAUAUGGACGACCUCAUAUUACCUCUGAUGCACUCUGGAUUGGAAUCCCAGGCGUUUGCCGAUGGAUCCCAGAAGGAUUCCCAUGAAGAAGUGUUGAAGAGCUCUCCAAUGGGAUCUAAAGCAAGAAUUUAAUGGGAGACACUGAAUUUGGAAUCCAUCAUUUCUUCGGGAUGAAGGUGGAAUGGGUCAAAGCAAGAGGUUUUCCUGUUUCGCAAGUUGUGCGGAGUUCAGCUGACCCCAUCCAGAGGUCAAUAGGGAGGCACUAAACACCUUCAACUUCUCUAAAAUUGCCCCUCUCUCCCCAGCUUGCAGCAGAAGGCUUCCCAUUUCAACGCUCUCCAUCAAGAAUCAUGGGCCUCUAUGAAACCCCAGGGAAAGGGAGAGCCAAUCCCUUUGAAUGGCAUUGCAGAAGUGGUCCCUCUAGUGGCGGAAGGUGGCUGACUAUCCUAGCAUGGGAUUGGCCCGCCUUACGCAACUCGUGUUCGCAAAUUGCUGAAAGAAAUCACACUGUGAAUCCAAAUCCACCUUGGGGUCCUUCAGACUGAACAGAGAGACAUUUUGCAGGGAGAAUGGGGCAAAAUAGCUCACAAGAGCAAGUGGACAUUUCAGGGGAGGCCAAGAAUGCUUAAAAAAAUAUGCCAUGGUUUUGAUUCGAACUCUCUCUCCAUAUGUGUGUGUGUGUGUGUAUGUAUGUAUAGAAAGAGAGAAUAUAUGGGAUAUAUCCAGAAAUCCUGAGGAGUCCAUGAAGGCUUUAAAAAUGCUAUGGACUUGAUCAUAUAGCUGAUAUACACACACAUAUGUGCGUGUGUGUGUAAACAGGAUUCGUGGAUUGGAAAUCCAUGAAUUCUGAUCAUAGAUAUAUAUGUGUUUGUGUAUGUGUGUGUAUCCAGAAAUCCUGGGGAGUCCAUGAAUGCUUUAAAAAUGCCACACACACAUAUAUGAUACAUGUGUGUGUGUAUGAUCAGAAUUCAUAUAUAUAUGAAUUCAUAUAUAUAUGAAUAUAUAUAUACACACACAUAUAUAUAUAUAUACUGGGGAGUCCAUGAAUGGUUUAAAAAUACCACAAUCUUGAUCACAUAUAUGAUACAUGUGUGUGUGUGUGAUCAGAAUUCAUAUAUAUAUGUAUUUGAUGAUGAAACUAUUUUGAUGAUGAUGAUAUAUAUGUAGAUCAGGGGAAUCCAUGAUUUCUGAUUCCCUUCUCUUUAUAUAUACAUGUAUGUAUGUAAAUACAUGUGUGUAGAUAUAUAUAUAGAUAUAUAUAUGAUCAGAUAAAUCCAUAAAUGCUUUAAAGAAAAUGCCACAAUCUUGAUUCAAAUACCCUAUCCUAUAUAUGGAUGGAGAGAGUAUUUGAAUACACACACAUACACACACACACCCCCUCAGGAUUUAAAAAUGCAAUUAAAAAUUGCAAGCAUAAGGUACGAAUUCUGCCAUUGAAAGUGAAAGAACCCAACUGCAAAGGAUAGAGAGAGUAAUACGAGUCAUAACUGCUAUCAGUCCCUUCUGCCUGCCUUUCACCUUCCCACUCGCCUGCCUCCCAUUCAAACCUAAGGAGAGGAGAGGGGAAAUAACCCAUAAUAUACCAAUGCAAUCAAAGAUGGGACGGGAUGGGAUGGCACCCAGACAAUAGCAUGACUUUGGGUAACUCCAUGGCGCUGUUCGACCUUCCAUGUAAUAAGUAAUAAUAAUGUCAAAAAAAAAGUAAACAAAGCAAUAGCUGAUGAUACGGUGAUGGACUGGCCCCGGCUGAACAAAGGGCUUUCUUUGCAAACCUUGGCUAAAUUGGGGUUGAAGUUGGAGCAGUUGGAAAGAAUAAAAGGUUUGCAUCAA